UCUUUGCAAAUAGUCCCGUUCUGAAACGCUCCUCAAAUUACCCAGUUUGAAAGUGCCACUUUUUUUCCCUGCCAGUAGUCUGAUACAACUCAACUCUGACACUGCGUGUGACCAGAACUGUGAUCGUCACCCAAAAAACUUUUACAGAUAAGGAAACUGGAGUCACGGGCUUCAUUACGUAGCUAGAUGAGAAUCACCAGACUAUUAAAAGGAGCAGGGCCAGCCUGGAACCCAGGGAGGUCUUACCCCAGAAACAGCUACCUGCUCUGGAAGCCGCUUUAGGGACCCUUCGCGCUGGGAAAAGGCUUGGGAAAGGACUGAGGGAUCAGGGAGGGGUUAGGACUACGCUCCUCCACUGAUCCCCUUAAUUACUAGUUACACAGAUUUUAGACUGUGCCGGAGGUUGACGUCCCUAACCGCACCCCGCCCCUUGUUCAAAGGUCAACUGUGCACAUCAGAGAAGCUUUCUUAGAAGUCCAGACUCCUGGAAUGUUCCAUAUCUUUCCCAAUCCUUUAACUCUCAGCGGUCUUUGUACCUCUGUUUCAACACUCACCACAUUGGAUUGCAGGGUUAGUAAUUAACUCUUAGCAGAGACUUUAUCCUGUUCAGGCACUCGAGAAUGUGCACCAAUUCUAGAAGACUUCACACAGCGGCUUAGAAGGUGUCAACAAGCCAGCCAGCCCGGUGGCCCGUAGUGAGCGCAAGGGGUCCAAUAGCGGCUGAUCCCCAGGGAGGUGAAGGGACGCAGGCCCCGCCCUCGACUCCAGCGAGCCAGGCCGCCCCUGCUUCUCCAAGACCGAGAUGGCCGCAACCGUGACGCUGGAGCCCGCGGGCCGUAGCUGCUGGGACGAGCCCGUGCGGAGGGAGCCGGUGCGCGCGGGCCGGGUGCGCGCCACGCUCUUCCUGCCGCCAGGUGCAGGGCCCUUUCCUGGGAUCAUUGAUCUGUUUGGAAGUGGUGGUGGCCUUUGUGAAUACAGGGCCAGCCUCCUGGCCGGACAUGGUUUUGCUGUGCUUGCUCUGGCUUACUUCAGAUUUGAAGAUCUCCCAGAAAGUCUGAAUGUUGUGCACUUGGAGUACUUUGAAGAAGCUGUGGACUUCAUGCUGCAGCAUCCAAAGGUGAAAGGCCCUAGUGUUGGGCUUCUUGGAUUCUCCAAAGGAGGUGACUUGUGUCUCUCAAUGGCCUCUUUCUUGAAGGGCAUCACAGCCACUGUGGUUAUCAAUUCCUGUGUGGCCAACACAAUAGCUCCUCUGCAUUACAAGGAUAUGAUUAUUCCUGAUCUCGGCAGUGACCUAGGGAAAUAUACAACCACCGAGGCAGGCCUGUUCAAUUUUAUGAAUAUUUGGAAUAAUCCACUGGAAAAACCUUACCACCAAAGUCUUAUUCCAUUGGAAAAGGCCCAGGGACCCUUCCUGUUUAUUGUUGGCAUGGAUGAUUAUAGCUGGAAGAGUGAAUUCUAUGCUUAUAUGGCCUCUGAACGGUUACAAGCCCAUGGGAAAGACAGACCCCAGAUACUCUACUACCCAGGAACUGGUCACUGUAUCGACCCACCUUAUUUUCCUCCUAGUAGAGCCUCUGUGCAUGCAGUAUUGGGCCUACCAAUAUACUAUGGAGGUGAGCUAAAGGCUCAUUCAGGGGCACAGGUAGAUGCCUGGCAGCAAAUUCAAACUUUCUUCCAUAAACAUCUCAAUGGUAAAAAAUCUGUCAACAGCAAACUGUAACUUUACAAUCAUAGAUGAGAUACUAUUAAUAAAAAUCCUAUCCAUGCAA